AUGAACGCUCGGCAAGCCCCCCCGGACGAUUGGUCCGGCCUCCUCAAGAAAGAAGAGGAAGCCUUGAUCACAAUCAUGAAAGAGCGAGCGUUAUCUACCUGCUCUCAGAUGCAAAAGAACUACUACGAGUGCGUCAAAGGACGCACUUUAUCCAUCGUCUGGAAGUGUCGAGAGGAAGGGAACGCGUUGAACGAAUGUUUGCACCGAGAAACGAGCGAGGAGAAAUUGAACGACGUGAAACGGAAGUGGUUAAAAGCUGGGAAGCCGAGAGUUGGGACCACAAAUGGAGAGAGGAUUCCCGUGGAGUUUUUAUAG